AGAAUUCAUUAAGUGGUUUUCUUUUUUUUUUUGCCGUUUUAUGCAAUAAAUAAAAUCAAACGUGUAGCAUGUAAGCUAGCUGGAGUAACGCUAUGGCAAAAUGAUUAGAGAGGGAUGGAUGUUUUAGACAGUCACUAUAAUCCGUGACAGUCCCAGUUAAAAUCCUGGAUUGAUUAGUUCCUGAAUGUCUGAAGUUUUAAAAGAGCUUUCUUCCUUUUUUCCUGCCAGGUAUGCAGGAAGUUUUGGGCCACUCUAUCCAAAGUAGAGAAGGUUAACCCUGUAACCAGACAUGAACUGUUUAAAUGGACUGCAAUAAAUCAAUCUUUAUAGAGAACAACAUUCUGUUUCCUACAGUAGGAAAGAAAGAGUCAUACACGUGAGAUCUACAUGACUGCCACGAGUUCAGGAGUUUCACUUGGUCGCCCGAGUGUGUGUUCUCCUGGAUGUUUUGCACCAUCUGAUCAGAGCUAAAAAUGGAAAGAACUGCUUUGUGUUAGAGAACACUUGGGUCUUCAGCACGUCUACAUGCGAGAUCCAGGUCUCGAACACUGAAAGGAGAUGCCAAAGCUGAUUUCACGAACAUUUUACAGUUUGGUUGUCUGCUGAUACUUUAUCAUCAAUCAUACGUUGAACUGGCUUCAGUUUUCUCAUUGUAGCCACCUUCCCCUCCCCUUGCCAUUCACCACAAGCGUCUGAGUGGUUGUCAUAGAAAUGACAACAGUGACCGAGUAGCAGAGCAUCAGGGAUGGGGAGCACACCGUGUUCUGGUAAGGGGAGGGGGGUAGGUAGUUUUCAGGAGUUAGGCUGUAUGCCAUGGAAGGUGAGCAAGCAGAAAGGUGAAGCUGCUGGAGAUGGAUGUACCACUGAAUCGUAUGAAGCUUUAAAUGCCAGAGUUGUCUCUCCUCCUCAACAACCUCCUGCCAUCUACCAUGAGAAGCAACACAGAGAGUUAUGUGCUCUGCAUGCACUAAAUAAUGUCUUCCAGGAUGGUGCUGCCUUUAGUCGAGAGGCACUUCAAGAAAUCUACCAGAGGCUGUCCCCGAGCACAUUGGUAACCCCUCACAAGAAAAGCAUGCUAGGUAACGGCAACUAUGAUGUAAAUGUCAUCAUGGCUGCUUUACAGACUCAUGGGUAUGAAGCUGUUUGGUGGGACAAAAGAAGAGAUGUAAGCAGUAUUGCACUGCCAAACGUGACGGGCUUCAUUUUAAAUGUGCCGUCCAACCUUCGUUGGGGUCCUCUGCGUCUGCCACUAAAACGUCAGCAUUGGAUUGGAGUGAGGGAGGUGGGCGGAGUCUACUAUAACUUGGACUCAAAACUACGCAAUCCCCAUCCCAUUGGAACAGCUGAUGAGCUCAGGAAGUUCUUGCGUCACCAGCUUCGAGGAAAGAACUGUGAACUGCUGUUGGUUGUGCUGGAGGAGGUGGAGGUCCAUCAGACCUGGAGGACUGAUAACUUCUGAUAGUUUUCAUGGAUUGUUCAGCUCGUGCUCAGGAGGGAAUGUAAGAUUCAAUCAGGGAAUAUAUAAGAGCAUAUGGAGUCGUACUCAAUGAGUCACAAAAGCACACUGGCAAGACAUUUUGUUUACACAAAAAAAACAACACACAAAAUGCUGGACACAGACUAAAACAGCAAAGUAUAUUAACACAGGGAUGUCACCAACACACACUAUACUGUUCUUUUGCCUAUAAGACUUUUGACAUUUGGAAUUUGGCAAUGCUUUUUUUAUGUCUGCCUUUUGUUUUGUUUUUUCAUACUGUUUUAAAGAUAUUCAAAAUUCAUUACGCUAUAUAUAUCUGUAUAUGUUACACAGUCCCUUCUUUGCUCUUCAUGUGAUUCCCCUUAUGUCCUCUUAUGCAUACAAAAGAAACAUGAAGCAUCCUUACAUAAUGGUAAUCGGUGUGUGGUGCAUGUAAUGGAUAGGAAGCAUCUAAGCAGCACAGUGUGGCAAAGUAAUAACUGGAUUUUUCAUGUUAAUUUCAUGUAGGAAAACUGCUACUUUCUGUCUUGCACUACGGCCAUGCAUCCCACAAUAGUUACAACUUUUUCCUUCGCACAGAUACAGUUAAAACCUAUAUGGAUAGUAAAAUAGCAUUUCCAAGUCACAUUGCCAACUAUUCUGUGCUGUAUUUUCAAGAGAUAUUAAGAAUUAUUUUAUCAUAACUUACAGAAAAGGUCAGAAAGAGAAAAAAUAUUUCCUUCUUUAUGUGCUGGAGUUAAAUAGUUAAUAGUUUUGUGGGAGGUAUUUAAAAGGAUGAGAGUGGUGUUUUUGUUGUUGGUUGUCUUUUGUGUUGGUUAAGUAAUUAAGCCAAUUAUGCAGUAUAGCAGUAAUUUGUUCAAGUCUUUGUAUCCUGUUCAUUGUGCAGGGGUGGGGAGUGGGGGUCUGUUUAUCACAUUAUUCGAAAGGGAAAUUUAAAUGUACACCUCAGGUUUUCUUAAAAACUGCACACUCCAAUUUUAUUUAGUAAUCUAGGUAUAGAAGCAAGAUUUUUUUUUUUUUUUUUUGCAUUCUGGAAACCUCGCUAGGCCAAGCCCAUAAAUAUUCUGAAGAAUAUUACUGUUGUAUGAGAGGGACAUUCCACAUUUACAUACACAGGGUGCUUUGUUAAACUGUAGAAGUGUUUUUGAUUUCUUGCCAUGACAAUCCUGUUCCCUCAUGUCCCUUUUAGGGAAGAUGUAGUCACAACGUGAUCAUGCCAUUGUUUUCCAUGCAAAUGCUUGUAAUGGCACUUUAUGUAUAAUCAGAUGUAUUGUGACAUCAAUAAAAUGGCUUUGUAUGUAAAA